ACCCAUCACCAUCACGUAGCCCGCCCACACACACAGACACAUCACCACCAUCACCACCACCACCACCUCCUCCUCUACCACCAUCACCACCACCUCCUCCUCCACCACCUCCCGAGACCUCAUCCCCUUCCCAUCCCCCUCCGGUCAGAAUGGUUGAGCUUCGCAAGAGAAAGGAGGCGCCCCCUCCACCUCCUCCAGCCAAGAAGCGCGCGCCCUCCAAGGCGAAAAAGGACGCACCAAAGGUGGAAAAGGAGGCGGAAGCUGCGAAAGCUCCCGAGGUCGCGGUCGAGGAUGCGCCUCCUGCUGCGGUGGAGGAGGCCCCGGCAGCAACCAAGGCGACUGGUCCCCCCAAAGUCGGAGAGAGCAUCGAGCUCAAUGGCUUCGGCGGCGAAGUCCAGACGCACAGUGAAGAGGCGACUACAUUGGCGAAAUUGCUCGAGGCGAGCAAAUCAGGCGUCGUCUUGUUCACAUACCCCAAGGCUUCCACGCCAGGAUGCACCACGCAGGUUUGCCUGUUCCGCGACGCAUACGACGAUCUUACCAAGGCUGGACUGAGCGUCUAUGGACUGAGCAAUGAUUCGCCAAAAGCCAAUAAGAACUUUGUGGAGAAGCAGAAGUUGCAAUACCCUCUGCUGUGCGAUCCUAAGCAGACUCUGAUCAGUGCGAUUGGCCUGAAGAAGGCGCCCAAGGGAACCACUCGAGGUGUAUUUGUCGUGGACAAGACUGGAAAGGUGCUCGCGUCGGAGCCAGGAGGACCAGCGGCCACAUUGGAGGUGGUGAAGAAGAUUGUCGCUGGCUUGGGAGGAGAUGCGGACUCGGAUGGCAUCAAGCAAGGAGAGGAUGUCGUUGCAGCUGAGACUGCGGCCGACGUGGCAGACACAGCCGAGAAGCUGGAUGGUGAUGGGGCCAGUAAGCUGUGAGGGACCAUCUGGAGGAGCAAAGGUCUUCGACCAGUCUGUCUCAUCGUCAGCGCAAAUACAUUUGUUUCCAUCUGGCGGCCCCUUCGUCGCCGACAUGCAGCGACUCAAUGCGAUGCAGCACAAAGGAAGUGCUCGCACAAUGAUUGCGCACAUGCAGCAACCAUGAAGUGAGUUCC